AUGAAUAAGUGUUUAAAAAAUAUAAAAUUUCAAGAAAAAUAUUUUCAUAGUGGAGUAUUAAAGGAUAAAUGUAAUGAACAAAAUAAAGCUCUCUUAGGGAAUCCAUAUGCUCAAGCACUUAUAUCUCCAAUUCGUAGAGAUAUAUUAACAGAUGCACGGCUACCAUCAGCUUUUUUGUUAAGGUUUCUGGCAUGCAUUAAUCCACAAACAAAUAAAAUAUGGAUUUUACCAAAUGGAUUAAAGCAUACUGUAGUAAAGAAAAUAGCUCAGAGUCGGUGGAUUGUAAAUAAUAAAAAAUGUAUAAAGUUUGUAGGAAGAGGUACUUGGAAGCGUAUGCUUCCUGAUUUCGCGCCUUUAGAUGCAAUAUGGAGAAGUGAUAUGGAUGAUUUUGUUUUAACACAAUUUCGAAAAAGAAUAAUGAUAGAGUUAAAGAAUAUUGAAAAAUAUUUUUUAGAUAUUCAGUUAGUAAAUGAUGUUUUUGUCCGAGAUACAAAAAGUGAUGACCUGGAUAAAAAAAUUGGAUGCAUUAUACAUAAAUUUGAUAAUGAUGAAGUCUGGUGUUUAAAAAAUGUGGUUAAUCAAGAGUUUCGUGUACCAGUUAUAAAUGCUUCUACACUAUAUGACGUUGAUGAUACUGAAGAUGAAUGGUUGAGAACGUUUGUGUCUACAAGAAGUAUUGCUCUUCCAUUGGGGAUAGAGACUGUGAAUGCAAUUUCUUGGCUUUGGAAAUUUCGAAGUUAUAUUUAG